AUGGCCACCACUUCUCAGGACCUCUUCGCGCACACACUCAACACUGAGGCGCACGAGAUCGCGGCCCUCGUCCGGCAUCUCGCGCAACAGCCGCGCGACAAGCGCCUGGAUGCCGUCAAAGGCUUGCGGAAAGCCGUCAAACGGUCGCACAAUGUGUUGCCUUCCGUCACGCAAAACGACUUUUUCCGCCUCCUCUCAGCCCUCCUCCACGACGACCCCCACCAACGCCCCAACGUGACCGCCGAGUGUCUCUGGCUCGUCGUUGACGUCAUUCCCUUCCAGUACAACGUCGACCACUUCUUGGCGCCCAUUCUCGCGCCCGUCGUCGCCUUUCUCGGUCACGAGUCGGCAGACGUUCGGCGCGCGGCUUUGCGUCUGCUUUCGGUUCACAUGAAAUACACGCAAAACCUUCAGAAAUGCGUCAAAAGUGUCGUCGAAUUCGGUCUCGAGAGCGACCAAAAGGAAGUGCGUCGCGGGACUGUUGUCGCACUUCCGCUGCUCUUCGGCGAGGAGUUCGCGCACGAGAACCUCUUCCCGCUGGCCGACAGUCUCGGCCGCCUUCUCGUCCAAUCAGACGCUGCGCUCUUUUACCCCGUUUUCCUCGCUCUGCAACGCCUUCAUUCCGUCGUCGGAAACGACUCUUUCGACGAAUACCUCCGAAGAAUGUCUGAAGAAACGCAAGAACUCUACCGAUCCGUCCUCUCGCGCAACCCGUCGGCCGACGAUCACCGAAGAGGUUCUCAUGUCUUGUCGUGUCUUCAGAUGCUCACUAUUUCUCUCGCAGACAACUCGCUUCUGGAACCGAUGCACUCCUCGAAAACGGUGUCUUUCGCGCGCGCAGACGACUCCUCGUCCGACCAGUCGUUUGACCCGUCGCUCAAAUACGGGUUUUUCGCUCCGAAAGUCAUCGUAAAGGCGUCGUCCGCGCACACGGAAGACAAGGUGGACGCGAUUCAGGAGGUGUUGGCGCUCAUAAGGAACGCCCCUCUGCACCAAUUGGCGCAACUCUUGCCGGAAAUGCACGCUUUUCUCGCGCACUUCCUGUCGCCGCAACUCAACGAACAAAACAACUUCAAAGUCACGCUUUCGGCGCUCGAUGUCAUCGAAAGUCUCGUCGAAAGACUCAAGACUUCAAUGAAUCCCUUUUUGGACGCUUUGGUCGCGAUUCUCGCUAAACGUCUUGGCGACGCGAGAACUGUGAUCCGGGAUUCCGUCAUUCGCUCCUUCCACCAAUUGAUGUACACUUUCGCCCCGCAAGACAUCUUGGAUCUGCUUCUCCUCCAGAAGCCCUCCAAGAACCCCAAAGUGCGCGAAGAAGUGGUCAAUCGCGUGACGGCGGCCGUCCUCACGUUCCCGCGCUCGGAGUUCAACCUCCCGAAGCUGUGUUUCGCCAUCAGUCCGCUUCUGGCCGACAAUCGGCGCGCCGUGCGUUUGGCCGCUUUGGAGUGUUUGUCGGUUUUGGCGCAGGCUUUGGGUCCGCACCGAUUGGCGCCUCUCAUGGCGGCCGUCGAAGCCAUCGAACAGUCGGUCCAAAUGGAGGGAUUGGUCGGCGCUCUUCAGGCGAGACUCGCCCGCCGCCAACUACCGCGCUGUGCGGCCGACGGAACCGUUCGCUACGUCUUGAAUCCGCAGAACUUUUCCGGUUGGUUUACGGCGGGAAGCGACGCCGACCUCGAGUGGGUCAUGUUGGCCACGCCCUCGUCGACGGCCACGACUCCGCCCAAAGCGCUGCCUGUGGGCCGCAAUGGCGUUCCCUCUGGCAUUCCGUUGGCGACCAUUCCCUUCGACAGGAGGCGUUCGAACGGCGCAUCUGCUCUUCCACCCGAAGACCACUUCUCGGAGGAGGAAGAGGAGGACGUCGUGGAAGCGAUCGGAAGGCGGAAGUCGUUGGCGGAAGUGAAUAUCGACAAACUGCUGACUUCGGGGCAGACGUCUGAAGGGAGGAGUCCGCAAAUGACGGAACGGCCGUUCCUUUCAUUUCGCGGCGAAAGCUUCCAAUCGGACGUCGAGUCGAAUGAUUGGCGCCGAGAGUCGGGCGACGAUUCGCUGGACGUUUGGCGACAAUACUUCUCCGAAUUUCGCGCGCAAUUGGCAGAAGUGGCGAUUUUUGGUGGAAAUGAGAAGAAGCGCAGGAACUCCGAACUCCCGCUUCCGCUUCCGCCUCAACCCGUCUUCGCACAAGAAAUCGACGGCUUUCGCGGCCAAUCGCCCGUCCAGUCGUCGUCCGCGCCCUCCACCGCCUCCGCUGACAUCCACUUCUUCGCGCCGGACGUCAACGCUCUCAUUGAGAACCGCUUCGAACCCAUCGAAAGAUCGCUUUCUUUGCCGUCAAUCGGACCGCAAGUCGAGAACGAAAUGCAAAUUCAAGAACCAAUAGAAGAGUCGAAUAAAGACGGAAUGGAUUUCCAAGAACUACGCGAGGAGGCGCCGCCCGCCAUCACGUCGACGCCCUUCAAUACGCCCACAGUCGCCGAGUCGACGCCUCCCCCACAGGGUGCGCAGGAGGACCCCCACGACGGCGGCGGCGCACACCAGGAGGCGCCGCCACUGCUGAGCGUUCAGGAGGCGACUCCGCAACACACGCGCCGUCAGACUCCGGAACAGCCGCUCGACAGACGCCAGACAGCCUCCGUCGAACGCCUCGACGUUUGGACACAAAAAGACGAAACUCUGAGUUCCGAAACGACUGGAAGUGAAGAAAACCAAAAGCCGUCGUCAAUGGCAACGAAAAGGUCGCCAACAAAGACUCCGCGCCGGAAACGCGCGCAACCUGUGGGCCGACUCUCGCGCUCGCAAUCGCCGCAAUCGCGUCGUCGGCCGUCUCGAGCGCCGCAACACCUCUACAUCAAGACGACGCCCGCCAUUCCCGCCAACGCCAACAUAAGACUCAUUCUGGCGAACGUCGCGCGCACUGAAGGCCCCUUCGAGAGCCCGCACGAGGCGUCGCGGGCGGCGCUGCUCGCGCUCCAAGACGACGCCUGGACUACAAAAGUGGAGGGAAUGCUUGCCGUCACGCGAUUGGCUACUUUCCACGGCCCCGCCCUCCAUAAGGAGCAACACGCCCUCGUGACCGCCCUAUUGGCCGAGACGCGCAAUCUGCGCUCCACCGUCGCGCGCGCCGCCAUCUUCGCGUUGGGCGAACUGUUCGCGCGCCUGCGCCAUCAGGUGGAGCCGGAAAUGGACGCAAUGGUCGCCGCACUGCUCGCGAAGAGCGCCGACAACGCGGUCUUCAUCCGCGAAGACGUCGAGCGCGCGCUCCUUCACGCCGUCGAACAAAUGCCGCAAACGAGGACUGCGAUUGCGCUGAUAGUGGGCGGCGCCUCACACCGCAACGCGUUGGUGCGCAGGACGAGCGCGCAGUUCGUGGCCCUCCUCGUGGAGCGCAUGGGCGCCACGAAGUGUCUGUUGGGACCGCGCGAUAUCGGCGAACACGUGUUGCCGGCAGCCGCGCGCUUUGUUCAGGACUCUUCGGCCGCAACGCGUUAUUACGGCCGAAGAGUUUUCGCGCAACUCUUGACGCACUCGGCGUUCGAGAAACUGCUGCGAAAACACGUGACUCCCGGCACUUAUCGCAACAUUUGCGGGAUUCUGGAGUCCAUUAAACGGCGGGUGAGUAUUGGGAAGUCCGUCCCUCCGAACGCCUGUCCACUGACCGCUUUCUCGCGCAGGGCGUCGGCGAUCGGCCGCAAGACUUGUCUUCGCCGUUGA